CUUCAGCACGGACGACGGCUCGUUAAUCCUUGCUUAUUCGCCGGGUACACGCAGCCUGUGAAUAACAUGGACGCAACGGAAUGCAGUAAACUAAGCGAUGGAGUCAAAGGUGCACUAUGGAUGUUCUGGAAGCGUCGACGCUAUGUAGUGGUAUUUAUGGCGUUCUUGGGAUUCGCUAAUGUGUAUACAUUGCGAGUGAAUUUGAGCGUUGCCAUAGUAGCCAUGACCGAGCUUCGGGACGUUGUGUACGAGAAUGGAACCAUAGGACAUGCACAAACAUUUGCGUGGAGCUCCAGUAUGCAAGGAUACGUCCUAAGUUCUUUCUUUUAUGGUUAUGUAUUUACCCAGGUGCUGGGAGGUUACUUGUCUAACAAAUUUGGCGGUACAAAUGUCUUCGGAAUAGGAAUCGGAGGAACAGCGAUACUUACACUACUGACACCAGUGCUGACCUCGGUAGGUGUUGGAUGGUUGAUAGCCAUUCGAGUGUUGGAGGGCUUCUUCGAAGGCGUGACCUUCCCUUGCAGUCAUGCCUUUUGGUCUCGAUGGGCUCCACCAAGCGAGCGUUCUAGGAUGGCUUCGAUUGCCAGUACUGGUGCAUUCGCGGGAACCGUAGUUGUGCUGCCGAUUAGCGGAGUGCUUGUCAGUGCCUGGGGAUGGACGAGUGUUUUCUAUUUCUUCGGUGCUGUUGCAUGCAUUUGGUAUGUGGCUUGGAUCAUAAUAGUGAGAAGAUCACCAGAGGACGAUCGGUACAUAUCAGAGCAGGAGAAAAAUUUCAUUAUCCAGACGCUCAAACGAACUGAGGGAGAUUCGGAAAACACGCAGCAUCCAUGGAGGGAAAUGCUUACAUCCAAAGCCGUGAUAUCUAUGUCGAUUGCCAGCUUCACUGAAGAUUGGGGUUACUACACUCUACUGACCGGCUUGCCAACGUUUUUAAAAAGUGUUCUCGGUUUUGACUUGCAAAAGUCCGGCUUCAUCUCGGCCCUUCCUUAUCUCGUGAUGGGUAUUCUGCUGAGUUACGCUGGUUAUGUAGCCGAUUGGUUACAAAUUCGCGGAUACCUUACAACGACACAAGUGCGCAAAUAUUUCACCUGUGGAGGUUUUACGGUCCAACUGAUCUGCAUGAUGGUCGGAGCUUGGAUUCUAAGUCCUACACCAACUAUCAUCUGCAUUACCAUAGCUGUAGGAUUUGGAGGAGUCGCAUGGAAUGGUUACCUUGUAAACCCGCUAGAUCUUUCUCCUAAAAGUGCGGGAGUGUUGAUGGGAAUCAGUAAUGGCUUUGCAACUAUCGCCGGAGUAAUUAGUCCUAUUGUUAGCGGUUACAUAACUACCAACAACAGCGAAAACGAGUGGCGCCUGGUUUUUUAUAUAACCGCUGGAAUUUAUGUUAUCGGAACGCUGAUUUAUUGGGUCUGGGGAUCGGGAGAACUUCAACCGUGGUCCGUUGAGGCAAGGGAACAAAGAAUAAUGCAGAAAGAUAGCAUUACGUCGAACACAGAGCACAGCAAUAAAUCAAUAUAGAUAUGGUAAUGAAUCUAUUUUGGAUGGCUAAAAAUUUACAUUGCAAAGCGCAUGGCAGUGUUCUAUCAUAAUUCAUGGACGUUAGCGGCUUCGACAACAUAAAGCCAUUCAUUUUGGCUUUUCACUAGUGAAAAUAUUUGUUGCAACCAACUGCAAAUUGACAGAAUCAGCUUUUGGAUUAUUCAAUUUGCAGUACUCUUUGAAUUUAUCCUGCAAUUCACGAUUGGUCUGCUGCAGUUUAUCCCUUUCAGCCGCUAGUAAGAGGUUAAUUGCUUCCACACGAUUGAUUUUAUCGAAGAAAAACUCAUACUCAGCUGGACAGUUGGUAGCGGUACGGCCUUGCUUAACACGCCUUUCGAAAUACUUUUUGUCGUCAUCGCACUCAAGUUUGGAACAAUUUCGAGCUAGUCCCAGUAUAAGCUUACCUCGUCCCAGCAAUUGGUCCAGAUGAGUUUGUACAUGAAAUGCAUUGUAGGAAAGCUCUUUCAUGCGAUCCUUAUGGUCUACUUCCAAUUUGGCCAAUGUCCGCUUAUGAGAGUCCAAAUCAGUCUCAAGCUUACGUUUCGCGAAUCUUUUGGUUAUUACUCUCCGAUUACCAGCUAUAUCUACUUCAAUUAUUUUUCUGUUCAAAUGUCUUAUGGUUUCACGCAAUUGUUUAAUUUUCACUCUAUUUCCGGUAAUCAAUUGCUGGGAUGCUUCAUCUGUGCCAUAUAAGUCGAAAUAAGCUUUUGCUUUCUCCGGAUGCAAAAUGGUAGUUAGAUAAUUUUUUACAACCGACUUGAUUUCCCCGUGCAGUUGCUGGAGGUGGUCCAGCUUUUUGUCGCGCAGUCGAUCGCGUUUUUCAAUAUGCUAGUUAUGGGCAAUAAACAGUUAGUUUUGAAUAACAACAAGUGAAGGUAAGCAUUUACUGUAUUAAUAGUUUCAUCAUUCUUCUUUAUAAAAUCCACACGGUCAUCCAGCAGACCUUGUUCCAUCGCAUCCUCCAAAGAAAUAAUUGCACCUUCCAUUUGUAGAGUACACUCAUUUCCAUGGCUCUGCGGAAUGAAAUUAACUUGUAGGUACAUUGCUGAACAAAUUAACAGGCAAUAGGCAGCAUUAAUAAACAAACCUCUUUCAGUAGAGCAUCACGGCGAAACUCGUCCAAGAGAUUCUUGCAAUCCUUUUCAUAUUGUUGCGAUAAAUUGUCCCGAAAGUAUGCAUGAAUGUCUAAAAAUUGUACCGAAGUGUAAAGCAAUUAAAUAGCGCAAUAAUAAAAGAGCCAUAACAAAGUAAAAACGCAAUUCGAUUCUGACAAAAAUCCGAAAAAUUAUGUUGCUAAUA